UUCUCUUCACAGACAAAUAGAUUAAUUUGGCGAGUAAAUGUAUUUCCCAUGAUCACCAACAUGCAAUGGUAUAAGUUAGUUUUUAAUCAAUUAAUGAUUAUUGUCUGCCUUAUCAGUGAAGGAUUCCCAAACAAGCUUAUAUUUUCGAUCACGAGUACAAUUAAGGAAAUAAACCUUGAUACUGAAGAAAUAUCAGAUAUUUUGACUGAUAUAGAGAGUAACGUGCAUUCCAUGGACUACGAUUAUACAAAUAAAUAUAUGUAUUUUGCUAGAGAAGAUAAAGACGACAUAUCAAGAUUUCGUUAUCCAGAAAAUCCAGGUAACAGCUACACAAAAGUGAGCGAUGCAGAUAACCCGAUAAGUGUGGCCAUCGAUCCUGUCUACAAUCAUGUUUAUUGGACAGAACGGAAUACGGGGAAAAUAUAUCGGUGUGAUUUUGAUGGUACAAAUAAAAGAGAAAUACUUAAUGAUGGUAAAGUGUAUGCACUCGCAUUAGAUCAUAAGAAAAGGUGGCUGUAUUACAGUACAAAUGAUAUCCUUAAUAAAUCAAUUAAACGAUCAAGAUUAGAUGGUUCUGACGAUCAAACAUUAGCGAAUGUUUAUCCACAACUUGUUACUGGUUUAAGUAUAGAUUUCAAAGAAGAUAGACUUGUUUGGAUGGAACAUGGCAACGGUGAUUUAAAAUCUUCCAAUUUUGACGGAACAGAUGUAAUUAAAAUAUUCAGCACGAAUACGAUAAAGGCAAAUGGAGAAAUUUCUGUACAUGGUAGCACGACAUACUGUGCAAAUGAUCGUAACAUAUUAAGCGUCGAAGUAUUAGCAAAAACAACAGCAAAAGUAAUUCAUACAGAUUCAGGAAGAAUUUUGGGUGUAUUUUAUUAUAAAGAAAAAGUAUCACUAUGUUUGGAAAACGUCAUACAUACAUCUGUAGUAUUGCCUGAGUUCUUACAUCUUCUGUAGUGAUACAGUAUAACAUUGUGUGAUCGGAGCAUAAUCCUGUAACAGAUUAAAAAUUCUUACAAUUUAGAGAAAUGCGAAUGAAUAAUUGUAAUGGAAAUUGUAUCUUCAAUUUUAAUUUUAAGGGUAACAAAACAACACAAAUACAAUGAAAACUAGAUGUUGUUAUACGACUAUAUUCUACAAUAUGUAUAGGCUUAUUGACAAUAU